CAGCACCUCCAACCAAGCUCGGGAAGCGGCGCCAGCAGAACCUGGAAACCACCACCACCACCAUUAUCUCCUCCUCCAUUCGUCCCUCGCCCAACCCAUUUCCUCGACGCGCCCACCACCAGACCCCCCCUCUCUCUCCUGCCGGCACAGCGAUUCGACUCGCCCUCUUGUCGUCGGCUUCUUCGCCAUCGUCGCCGUAGUCGUCGCACAGCUGCGCGCCCGUAUUCCCCCUCUCUGCGUCCCUCCCUCUUCUCUCCCUCUCCCCGAGGCGAAAGCAUCCACGUCUCACCGCGCGCCGCGCACACACCGCAAAACGUCGGGGUGACGACCUUGUGCCGCCGGCUUCGAAGCAUCCGCCUUCUGCCUCGCCUGGCGAUGCAGUGACCCGCGCGCGACCUUCAGACACACAGGUCAAACGGAACGCCGCGCUCCAAGACAGCUUCGACAGCUCCGUCGUCCCGCCACGCUGAGCCGGGCGGUGCAUCCCAGCGCAGACGCCCUUUUUUUUUUUUUUUGAGUCUCGUCGCGCCGCCAGCCACCAUGCCGCCGCGUCGCAGGAGUCGUCGCCAGGAGCCCGUCGAGCAGGUCGAGGAGGACGAGCAGCCGCAGCAGGACCCUGAGCCCGACAAUGUGCGCGACCAAGAACAAGAGGAGGAGGAAGAUGAGCCGCUUUCCGACCUCGACUCCGACGAUCUCGCCAACGCCAACGACAACCUGGCCCCCGGCGAGAUGCGCAGCCUCCAAUUCGACCAGGAGCUCACCUGGCGCCCGGCCAAACCCAUUCCCAGCGCCACCCUCGUCGACCGCCUCGAGAGGCUGUCCAAGGAGCUCGCUGCCUUUGACCAGGGCGAGGUCGAUCUCGACUCCAUCAAGCCCGUCACCACCAGCCUCGCCCACCGCAACCUGCUCCAGCACAAGGACCGCGGCGUCAAGGCCUACACCGCCUGCUGCCUCGUCGACAUCCUGCGCCUCUUUGCCCCCGACGCCCCCUUUACAGAUGACCAGCUCAAGAUGAUGUACACCCUCUUCGUCAAGGACAUCCUCCCGGCCCUCCACGACCCUUCCAACCCGUACAGCAGCCAACACAAAUAUGUCCUCGUCUCCCUGACCGACGUCAAGAGCAUCCUCUUGCUCUCCGACAUCCACGGCGCCGAUGAGCUCCUGCUGCGCCUCUUCAACUCCACCUUCGACGGCAUCUCCACCAGCUCCAAGGCCGUGGCCGAGGAGCAGGUGGCCAAGGACGUUGAGAUCCACCUGACCGAGAUGCUCACCGAGCUGAUAGACGAGUCGUCGGGCAGCGUGCCCUCGAGCGUCAUAGACGCCAUCAUCAGCCAGUUCCUGCGAGCGGCGCCGCCCGGAGGCGGUCGCGGCAAAGACCACGGCGACAAGCAAUCCACCCUGUUGCACAAGACGGAGCCCGCCGCCUACACCAUGGCCAAGAAUAUCUGCAACAACUGCGCCGACAAGAUGUCUCGCUAUGUCAGCCAAUACUUCAGCGACGUCAUACUCAACGCCUCGGGUUUCGCCACAAAGUCCAACGGCUACCGCCAGGGAGACGAGUCCGACGACGACGACGCCAACGCCGGCCCCUCCGAGGCCGAUCUCAAGAGCCUCCGCCAAGCCCAUCUGCUCAUCCGCGAGCUCUGGCGGGCUGCACCCACCAUUCUCCAGAACGUUGUCCCCCAGCUGGACGCAGAGCUGUCUGCCGACAACGUGCACCUUCGACUCAUCGCGACGGAAACCUUUGGAGACAUGAUUGCCGGCAUUGGCGCUGCAGGACCUCCGCCGCCGCCGACCCUCGACCCUACCGCCUAUCCGCCCCUGAAGCUGGUGGACGAGUCAGCCUCGCCCGAGCCCGCCGAGGGCAACGUCCUGACGAAGCCCUACUCCCCGCAGUCCUUUGCGCAGACGCAUCAUGCGACAUACCGCAACUUCGUCGGCAGGAAAAACGACAAAGCCGGCACCAUUCGCGCCGCCUGGGUCACUGCCGCCGGAUACAUCCUGGCGACUUCGGCGGGAGGCAUCGGCCUGAGCAGGGAGGAGGAGAGCGAGCUGGUCAAGGGGCUGGUGGAGAAGCUCAAUGACAGCGAGGAAAAGGUCCGCCUGGCCGCCGUCAAGGCCAUCGAGCUGUUCGACUUCCGGGACGCCAUCCUCAAGCUUGGAGUCACUGGUGGCGUGGACAAGGAGGGCUCCGUCUUUGCCAGCCUGGCCGACCGAUGUCGUGACAGGAAGCCGGCCGUCCGCGUGGAUGCCAUGGUCCUUCUGGGAAAGCUGUGGGCCGUGGGGGCGGGCGAGAUUGCCGACGGCCAAGAGGCCGUUACCGCGUGCCUGUCGGGCGUCCCGUCGCGCAUCAUCAACGCCUUCUACGCCAACGACCCCGACCUCAACGUUCUCCUCGACCGCGUCAUGUUCGAGUGUCUCGUGCCCCUCAAGUACCCGCUGAUCAAGGGCAAGGCUGCAAAGAGCGCGUCGCAGUCGUCGUCCCAAGCCAAGGGCGGCUCCGGUGCGGCGGAUCAGGACCGGAUCCGGGCCGAGAGAAUCCUCCUCAUGGUCAAGUCGCUCGACACCCCCGCGCAAAAGGCCUUCUUCGCCAUGCAGGCCCGCCAGCCCCAGUUCGCAAAGGGCGUGGGCAUCUUCAUCCAGCAGUGCGAGGCCUACAACGGCGGCGUCAUCGAGGCCAACGAAGACAAGGUCAAGGCGAGCCUGGCCAAGACGUUCCAGUGGCUCGGCGCCUUCUUCCCCGACCCCCUCAAGGUCAGGGGCGAUCUUCAGAAGUUUGCCAAGCUCAACGACCGCCGCAGCUACCAGCUCGUCAAGUACGCCAUCGAGUCCGAGAGCGAUUUCAAGACGGUCCGCCGAGCCAUCAACGAGCUCAUCACCAAGAUUCAAGCAGGCUCCGCCUCCGGAUGCCUGGAUACCAUCAUCCCCCUCUUGUACCGCUCAAGCUGCCUCAUGUUCAACCGCAGCCACCUCGCCACCAUUAUGGACUACUCCAAGAGCGACAAGCACGGCCUCGCCGCCGUCGCCCACCUGGUUCUCAACGACAUCUCACAGCGAAACCCCGACAUCUUCAAGGCCCAUGCCGAGGAGCUCCGCAAAGAGAUCAUCGAGCAGGCGCCGACGGACAAGCGCACCAAUGACCCGACCGUCGCCGACAUUCUCAAGGCGUACUCGUCCUAUUCCAAGCGAUACCCCAAGGACAUCAAUUUCGACCGGAGCUUCAACCAGACGUUGAUGAACUACGCCCUGUACGGCUCUCCACCAAAGGCCGGCAAGUAUGCCGUCAACAUCCUCCUCGCGAGGAAUGAUGACAAGAGCAGAGUCACGGCCACGAACCUUCUGAGAAACCUCAUCAAGGGUCUCGCCUACGGCAGCCCACACUUCCUCACCAGGCUGGCCGCCAUCAGCCAACUUGAGCGGCUGGCGCCCACGGUCACGGAUGACUCGGACGACGCAAUCCACGACUUGACCAUCAAGAAGAUCCUGCGAGAGGUGCGCACGGAUUCAAAAGGCGAAGCAGACCCGUCUUGGGUGGACGACGCCGACAUGGACGAGGAGCUCCAGGCCAAGACGUGGUGCCUCAAGAUCCUGGUCAACAAGGCACUCGCCACCGAGGAGGAGGCGGAUGCCGAGGAGCGCGUCAAGCCCGUACUCAAGCUGCUCAAGACCUUCAUCAUCAACGAGGGCGAGUUCUGCAAAACCAAAGACACCCCGCUGCACCAUAAGAAGCGCCUGCGGCUCCUGGCAGGGCUCUUAACCCUAAAGCUAUGCACCAUCAAGAAGUACGAUGAGCAGCUCGACCCGCCGGGCUUCAACAAGUUGGCCGAGCUGGUCCAGGAUAGCGAGCUCCAGGUCCGACGGCGCUUCAUGGAGAAGCUGCAAAACUACCUGACGCGGGCCAAGCUACGCGCCAGGUUCCACACGAUUCUCUUUCUCGUCGCCUUCGAGCCUGUCACGGACCUCAAGAACAGGGUAGAGACGUGGAUCCGGUCCCGCGCUCGGUACUACGGAGAGAAGAAACAGCAGAUUCUAGAGGCAAUCAUGGGCAGGUUGAUACCUCUCCUGGCACACCACCCCGAUUAUACCUCCGACACGAACGACCUGGCAGACUUUGCCAACUACUUCUUGUUCUAUCUGGGGGCUCUCGCGACUGAGGAGAAUAUCUCGCUCGUCUACAAGUACGCCGAGAGGGUCAAGCAGACGCGGGACGGCGUCAACCCCGAAGCGAGCGAGAACCUGUACGUGCUCAGCGACCUGGCUCAGACGGUGAUUCGCAAGUACCAGGAGAGGAGGAACUGGAGCUUCCAGGCCUGGCCCGGGAAAGUCGGCCUCCCAACCGGGCUAUACACGGCGCUUCCGUCGAGCGAGGUGGCACAACAGAUUGCGAAGAAGCAGUACAUUCCCGACGAACUGGACGAGCGGCUGGACGAUCUCAUCCGGGCCCUGGACCGGAAAAAGAAGCGCAAGUCCAUGGCCGACGGCUCCGAGCCGGCGCCUAAGCGCGCAAAGACGCAGAUCAAGACGGUAAUUAGGGAGAAGGGCGAGUCGAGGCUCAAGGCCGCCAAGGCCCUCAAGAAGAAGGUUGCGAAGCCAAAGGCAUCGCGGCCGAAGAAGCAAGCCGCGUCAUCGCCACUGAUACCCGAGGCAGACCGCCGCCGGAGCGGCCGCUCGCACAAGGCCUCCAACUACAAGGAGCGGGACGACGAAGACGAUGAGGAGGAGAUGCUGGACGGUGUGGCUGAGUGGACGUACGAGGGCGAGGGCGACUCGUCGGACGAGGGGCCUGCGGCCAGCGAGGAAUCCGCCAGCGAGGAAGAAGGCGCAGACGAGGACGCUGGCGACGAAUCGGGGGAGGAGGAAGAAGAAGAAGAAGAAGAGGAAGAACAAGCAGCGCCGGCGAGCAGCAAGAAGAAUGGGCAAAGGGCCAAGCCCAAGUCCGCUGCCGUCAAGGCCAGCGUCCUCGCGCAGCUCGGCAAGGGCCGGAAGGUGUCGUCUGCGCGGGCCCGCGGCGGCGCUGGUGGUGGCCGCAGAGCCGCAGCGAGGGACUCGUCUGACAUGGAUGUCGACGAUGACGACUGAGUGGAUGAUUAACCACCCCUCGCCACGAGAUGGUACGGGUAUUUCUGAGAAAGGGCGAUGUGGUUCUAUGCGAUGCGAUGCGGUGCGGUGCGGUGUAUUGUGGAGAUCCGGUCCGGCGGUCCUUUGAGCCCCUGUUGUAUUUUCGGGGUUUUUGCUCCCUCUGUUUUUGUUCUUCUUCUUCUCCUUCUUCCUUUUUUGCGAAAGAAUAUGCGCGAGGCGAGGUAUCGAAAUGAGGGCGACUGAUGUGUGUGUGUGUGUGUAUGUAUGUGUGUAUGUAUGUGUCAAGUGUGGCAUCGUGUCCGUGGGGGUUCCGGCCCUCUCCCAGUAGUGUACGUACGUCUAAUGUGACGGAACAGAAUGGGUGAAGACAAGAAGAAGAAGAAAAAAGGCCGGUCUAGUUUCUGC